AGGGCAGGCAGGGGGUGGGAGGAGGGCAUGGGGGAGGGAGUGCCCCCACGGCCUCUGUAGCCCGGAACCCCUCCCUGUUCUCCCUGGGGAUGCACCUGCCUUCCCUCCCCCACCUCCAGCCAAAUGGUCCAAGUGCAGGCUGGGGCUGGACGACCCACUCAUGAGCCCUGCCCCACCACUCUGUGUGACUGUGAGCAAGUCACUUACCUCUGUGUGCCUCAGUCCCCUCACCUGUAAGAUGGGGUCACAGUAACACUUCACUCAUGGGAUUAGGAUGGGGUUGACCAAGUUAAUACUUUAUAAAGCACAUAGCAAGGUGCCUGGCACGUACUCGCCUGGCAAUAGUGUUAACUCCUGUCGUGAUAUCGUCCCAGGAGCUUGUGUGACCAUAAAAGCUGCCAUUUAAGGCACUUACUCCGUCUUUAUUGUGUUAAGGUGGGUAUAAUGUAAAGUUACCAUUUUAACUAUCUUUGAGGCUACAGUUGAGUGGCAUUGAUUACAUCCACGCUGUGCAGCCAUCACCACCAUCCGCCUCCAGAACUUUUUUCUCUUUCCAAACUGAAACUCUGUCCCCAAGGGGAACUUCCUGUUCCCCUCGGCCCCGGGUCCCGUCCCUGGCAACCGCCGUUCUACUUUCUGUCUCCAUGAGUUUGGCAACUCUGGGUGCCUCAACAUAAGGGGAAUCACCCAGGAUUUGUCCUUCUGUGAUUGGCGGAUUUCACUGAGCAUCGCGUCGCCCAGGCUCACCUGUGCAGCGGCACACGUCAGCACUUCACUUGUUUUCAAGGAGGAGUAAUGCAUCAUUGUAGGGGGAGAGCACAUUUUGUUUAUCCAGCUGUCUGUCGGUGGACACUUGGGCCGCUGCCACCUUUGGCUGUUGGAAUGCUGCUGCUGUAGUUAACUUGGGCGUAUACAGACACUUAUUCUUGAUGUGUUAUCUCACGACGUUAACAUACGGGAGGCAGGUGUGCUCUGUGCAUCCCCAUCUGAGCGACAGGCAGCGCGCAGGAGACGCCCGUACAGGGGAGACUGCGGCCGGUACACGGGCGCUUCCUGAGAGGGUAACGAGGCGUGCGAGCCGCGCUCACUCCGGGCUGCGGGCCGCAGCUGAAGGGCAGGGCUUUCCCUCCUUCCAUCUUUCCGGUCUGAGUUUGUAACACGCACAGCAGUUUUUUCACACUGCAUGAAAGUCCGUUAAUAAAGAGAGACCUGCUGCUGUGGUUUCUGCUCCACGACACGUGCUCAUAGUAGGUGAGUGGGGAGGCACAGGUACCCAGAGAGGAGUAAGAGGCGCCCCUGACUUCCGUUAUUUGCACCCUCCCAGUCUACUGUAUUUCCUGCUGAGGGCCACAGGACGGGCCUGGGGGCCUGUCGGGCAGGGAGUCAGGCGAGAAAGCCUCUCUAACGGUUCUAAAUGGGCGGCCCAUGAGGGGCGGGGUUGGCGAGGCUGGGAGAGCGAGAGCCGGCGGGCAGGCCGCCGGCCGCCGGUGGUGCCCUGCCUCACGGCGUCUCUGCCGGCAGCAUCAGAACGGAAUGUAUGGCCUGCACCAGGAUGUCCACCACUUCAGCUCAUUCGACCGGGUGCAGAGUCUGCCGCUGCUGCUGGGCCGAGCCGGCAUUCGCACAGGCAUCAUCGGGAAGAAGCACGUGGGGCCAGAGACGGUGUACCCGUUCGACUUUGCGUACACGGAGGAGAAUGGCUCUGUCCUCCAGGUGGGGCGGAACAUCACUAGAAUUAAACUGCUGGUCCAGAAAUUCCUGCAGACUCGGGACGACAGGCCUUUCUUCCUCUACGUCGCCUUCCACGACCCCCACCGCUGUGGGCACUCGCAGCCACAGUAUGGGGCCUUCUGUGAGAAGUUUGGCAACGGGGAGAGCGGCAUGGGGCGGAUCCCAGACUGGACGCCCCAGAUCUACGACCCGCAGGAUGUGCAGGUGCCUUACUUCGUCCCUGACACCCCGGCAGCCCGAGCUGACCUGGCCGCUCAGUACACCACCAUCGGCCGCAUGGACCAAGGGAUCGGACUUGUGCUCCAGGAGCUGCGUGGAGCGGGCGUCCUGAAUGACACCCUGGUGAUCUUCACAUCCGACAACGGAGUCCCCUUCCCCAGCGGCAGGACCAACCUGUACUGGCCGGGCACGGCGGAGCCCUUGCUGGUGUCGUCCCCAGAGCACCCGCAGCGCUGGGGCCAGGCCAGCGAGGCCUAUGUGAGCCUCCUAGACCUCACGCCCACCAUCUUGGAUUGGUUCUCCAUCCCCUACCCCAGCUAUGCCAUCUUCGGCUUGAAGACCGUCCAGCUCACUGGCCAGUCCCUGCUGCCAGCGCUGGAGGCAGAGCCCCUCUGGACCACGGUCUUUGGCAGCCAGAGCCACCACGAGGUCACCAUGUCCUACCCCAUGCGCUCCGUGUACCACCAGAACUUCCACCUUGUGCACAACCUCCACUUCAAGAUGCCCUUUCCCGUCGACCAGGACUUCUAUGUGUCGCCAACCUUCCAGGACCUCCUGAAUCGCAGCACGGCCGGCCAGCCCACGGGCUGGUACAAGGACCUGCACUGCUACUACUACCGGGAGCGCUGGGAGCUCUACGACAGGGCCCGGGACCCCCGCGAGACCCGGAACCUGGCCGCCGACCCGCGCUACGCCCAGGUUCUGGGACUGCUGCAGACCCAACUGGCCAAGUGGCAGUGGGAGACCCACGACCCCUGGGUGUGUGCCCCCGACGGCGUGCUGGAGGAGAAGCUGUCCCCCCAGUGCCGGCCGCUCCACAACGAGCUGUGAGGCCCAGCCCGCCCCCACGGCCGGGGCCCCGCUGUCCUGGGUCUGAGCCAUGUCCCGGCACAGGCAUCUCGGGGCGCACCCGGCUGGGGCAGGGUCCCCAGCCCGUGACGAGGCGAGGGCGGUCUGGGGGCCUGCAGGAAGAAGGGGCUUCAGAGCCUCUUGGUUCUUUGGAACCCACAGACGCUCCUGUGCCCUCCACCUAAGGGGAUGCAGGCUUCCGAGUGCCACAGGGGCGGAGGGCGGGAGCAGACCUCACUCGCUGUGGGGACAGCGUCUGUCUGUCAGCCCUGGUCUGACAAGCCCGAGCUUGUCUUUGUCCUUUGCCUUGCCCACAGCCCGGCCCCGCCCCUCGGGCUGGGCUCCCCGAGGCCGCUGAUUCUUGGCGGGCUCCCUGAGGGCUGAGUUCUAGCCUGGGGUCUGCAGUGGCCGAGCUUGUCCUUUUUGAGAGUCCAGGGAUGAAAACACCCCAUCCUCCAGCUGGGCCAGUUCUGCUUGGAUGAACACAAGUCUGUGGCACAGACGUGGCUCACGGAAUGCUCUAGACCUGCCCUGCCUCCAUCCACCCGGGAGCAGAGGCUCCGCCAGGGAAAACCCAGAGAGGGGGCUUUUUCUCUUGAGUGGGUGGGCUCCCACCCCCAUCAACUCCAUCCUUGGAGGCAUGAGGAGGAAGCCGCAGGCCAGAGCAUUGUAAAAGCUUUCUAUUUUAAUAAAAUAUGCCAAAGUUCA